UUUCUUGAAUAAAUAGGUAGACUAAAAUAAAGCGCAAUCGUAACUGUACUACCUUAUCAACUGAAAGCUGCCUUCCCUUAUCCUGCUUUCUUCUCCUCCUCCAUUCCCUUGCAAAUUGCAAUGGCGUCGACGUUAUCCACCAUUACCCUCUCCGCGCCGUCACACCCUACCCCCAAUUCUCCACACGCCUCAAUCUCCUUCCCCAAACAAAUCCUAAAAUUCACAAUUCCUUCACCCAAACUCCACCACCACCGUCGACUCACUUCCCUCCGUCCACUCGCCGCCGUUGAAGCACCGGAGAAGGUAGUCGGACUCGGAGAUGAAAUCUCCAAUUUAACACUAGCUGACGCGCAGAAACUUGUCGAGUACCUUCAAGACAAGCUCGGUGUUACAGCCGCAUCCUUCGCUCCUGCCGCCGUCUCCGCUGCACCCGCCGCCGCCGAAGCUCCGGCGGUUGUUGAGGAGAAGACGGAAUUUGACGUUAUCAUUGAGGAAGUGCCGAGUAACGCGAGAAUCGCUGCGAUUAAAGCUGUCAGGACUUUAACUAAUUUGGCUUUAAAAGAAGCUAAGGAGUUGAUUGAAGGCUUGCCGAAGAAGUUUAAGGAAGGAAUUUCUAAGGAUGAAGCUGAGGAAGCUAAGAAACAGCUUGAAGAAGCUGGUGCAAAAGUGUCUAUUGCUUAGAAAUUUGGGAAGUUGAAUGUACUUUUUGGUAAAUUUGGAUUACUUUUAUUUAGCCAUUUUUUCUUCUUUUUCAUCAGAAAUAUAUUUUAAUGUUAUGUAUUACAGACUUCACUUG